AUGCUACCUCUGUACUUUCCUCCCCCAAGAAAAGUAAGCGUGUUAUUAUGCCAUGCUCAUCUGCCUGAAAAAGUUGCAAUAUCGCUUUUUAAAAGAAUGACUCACAUAACGUUGAGCUGAGUAGCUGCCCCAAACUUACCUGAAAGCUUUUAGACUUUAAAAGGAAGAAAUUGAAGUCUUCUGCUCAGUAGACGCAGACACCUUUAUUCUCUAUGUUCCUUGGCCAGUCAGAAUUUCACGCUGUCUAUUCGUACUAAUUGUUCGCUCUGCCGUAGUCCUCCUCUGUGCUUGAGACUUCUUGCCUCCGUUUAGACGCCCGAGCUUAUAAAGGAACUUGAGGCUUUGCAGUCCACUCCCUCCGGCGACGCUGCCACCCGCCAGACCAUCUCCGAAUUCCCCGCCGAGGUCUCCGAUGUCCAGUCAGCCAAAAAACUGGUUGAGUGUAUGUUUGCUCGUGCUCAUAAUCAUUUGUUUGUUCCACUACCUUCAGAGCUUCCACUGCCAUCAUCCUUGCUCGUGGACGGCACACUCCCUUAUCAACUAGAAUCCUCAUCUGCGAGACGGUGUCGGUAGAUUUGUGGCGAACACAGUGACUUAAAGAACAGGUGGCCGAUAUCCAAUCCUGAGGUCCACAUAGCUGGUUAGCGCAUGAGGGGAAUCUACCCUAGAAAUCCCCAGUCGAGGAUGAAGUCAGAUGUCAGGGUUGAUGACAAAAGUGGACAAGCACGUGGGUGGCCGAUGAACCAAUUGGCGUGCUUAUGCACAUUAUUGGCGAAAAUUAAAGGAACAUUCUUCCGUAGGUAGUUAGUAUGCUACCUUGUCAAACGCUGCAACGAAAUUCCUACCACCGAGAGUAGGGCUUAGGGGGACUUUCUCUGUAAUACCUACCGACCCCUUGGAAGUUCACCAAGUGCGACUUGUCAGUCCUCAAACCCUUGAAGUCUAUUGUAGUCAGCUCAAGACGCGAACCGGCGCAAAGUAUAUUUGGCCACACACCGAUAUUGGAUUGCCACACUCUCAGCACACCUACUACCUGUAAGUCCUUUCAUGUACGAGGAACCACACACACAGGGAACGCCGAGACACCCAUUGAUGCUCCAAAUCCCUCCCAACACCACACGUGUCUGCACUGUUAACUAGUGCCUGUGUUGGCGCUAUAGCAGACCAAUUUCGAUGCAUGUUUACAUGCAGCCGAUUGCCCUAUGCGUAGCUUAUGGAUAUUGUGAGACCAUUCCACAGAAGCCACCCGGUUCCCGGUGGUGCCUCGUAGGUCAGCUGGUUAGAGCGUUGGCUGUACUCAAGCCCUGCCCUCGCUGUCGUGGGUUCGAAUCCCACCGAGGCCUUCGAGUUUCUCAAAACUGUGUAGGCAGGCUUAGUUUCAGGCGCACUCUCCCUCUCAAUUGGGAUCCAUUUUUUCUUGUGUGGAUUUCUAGUCUGUGUACCUUGUGGAUCUGGGGGUGUGGUGGUACGCCGAGGCGCGGGUCUCCGCCGUGCCAGUCACCUGUGUCCUCUCCCGCCCCCGGUCUUCUUCACUGUGUCCUGUUGCUGGGCCUAGGUGGAGCGGAGGAGGAGGAGAGAGUGCGGUAGGUGCAGUGCAAAUCUUCUAUUUCUUUAAAAGAAAUCACGCGCAAGUCUCCGACCCUGCUGUGGAGCAGACGGUAGGCAUCACCGGUCACAACGAUCGGACUGUCAAUCUCGUAUUCACAUGUUUAUUAAGCUGUUUAAGAAAUACACAAUGUGAUCCAAAUCUACCCCAUUAUUUCACAGACAUCAGACACAUAAAUAAAAGCCGUGUUUUAGGGAAAAUAUAGAUUGUACUGGCUGAUGGUUCUUCCCCCCUCCGGAACGGUACGUGCUGCUCCGAAGCAAAAGAGUGACCAACAGUGCCCUAUAAUAUGCGUUAGCGGAGCUGUGGUACGCCUGUUUGAGUCCGUAUGUGACACACGUGGACGGCGGCUCUAACGCCACACCAAGCCUUAUGCCCAGUUUCAUUAUCAAUCGGCUGAGAUGCUCGGACAGUUCCCAGACGCGUGGAGGAGACGAGAGUGUGACCGAUCUCGUGCGCUCAGUCAGUGAAAUGUCGCAGAUUCUUAAAUAUGUUUUCAAUUAGAAAGCAGUACUUAGGGUGGGGCUGUAAUAUUGACUAUCGUGAAGUAUAAUACCAAGAUAUUUCAAUCACGCCGGGAUGUGGACGUCCGAAUGCAUUUCUUUCCGGCCUUCUGCAAAACUCGCACUCUGUAAAGAUUAACAACUUAAGUAGUGUGAGUUUUUCCCGUCGAUUUUCGAUGCCGUUAUUAUGAGUUGUCUGAAGGACCAUUUCAGACGAAGAGGGUACCCAUAGGCUAGUCUGACCAGGAUGUCUAGCAUGUACUUUGAAUAACCCAGCAGCCGGUAAAUACACAGGUUGCUUUUCCAACUCCAUCCACCUUUUCUAAAGCGGAGUAUCCAUACCUUUAAGUGCCAAAUUUGAGGAAAGCGUGGUUUCAAGUGGCAGUUGUUUUGUGGAAUUCCAGUCUCACGUCCAGAAAAGUAGGUUCUGGGAGGGUGAGGGAGGAGAGAGUGGUAAAUGCUGACAAAUCUGUUAUCAUAAACUAAUUCACACUCACACAAGUCACUGUUCCUGAGCCCACCUUCCUGUGGGGCACACGGCGGUCAUCGUCAGCAACGAUGGUCGGGUGUAGUAAAAGAAAUGUGCACGUAUCGCUACUAGGACGUACGAUUUGUUGUCUCAGGUCUGUAGAAAGCCCCAUUCAAAAUUCGCUGAAGUCCCUUUACGUGAAUGUAGGUUUUUGGUUAGGUGGCACUGAGCGGUCAGCAAACGUACCAGUACCGCUGACUCACCCUGUCCUCCACACCCCCCAAUGAGACCGCUAACCCCAUCUCAGCCACCGACGACAAUUCGGCCGUCGAUUUCGCCGAUGUCCUCUGUGUGGUUCAGACCAGGAGGAGAACAGGGACGGUGACUUGGGCGCGGAUUGGUUUAUAGUGACGGUGGAUUUGCACAGCAUCUAUCACACUCUCCUCCUCCCCCAUUUGAGCUCAGUGUCAUGACUAGGUCAAAAAGACCGGCGGUGGGAGAGGGCGUAGGUGGCUGCCACGGCGGAAACCCCCAUCUAGGCGAACCCCACCACACUGGUCCAUCACGUACAAAUGACCAAAAUUUUACACAACAAGAAAAAAGGGGGCGGCAGGAGUCCCAGUUGGUGCGCCUGCUCCAAUUGCAGGACAAAGUGAGAUGAAAUCGGAGCUGGGCAUGAGUGUAUUGGCUAACGCGGCCCAAAGCGCUAAUCUGCGAACCGCACACAUGUUCCGGUCGCUUAACCUCUACUAAUCAAUACUUGAUUGUUCAGAGGUCAUGCUGAUGAGAGUAGGGACGGUGGCCCGCUUGUUAACUAGUUAAUAUUGAUAAUGGACUUGCGCUGCAUCUACCGCAUUCUCACCUCUUCCCCUCCCCCCCCCCAUUUGGGCCCGGUGUCGAAAUACAGCCAAGAAAGCCGACGGCUGGAGAAGUCGUUGGUGACUGACACGGCGAAAACCCACACUUGUGCGUACCACCACACCCCCUCGUUCACGACAAACACUUCAGCGGUGACAGCUGUAGUAUAAGUUGCAAUGGCAGCAAGGUUUUCAACCACAGCAGCAGCAAAUAUGGGGGAACGGCAAGAAUCCCAAUUGGCGCGGCGUGAGCCUGCAACUGGGCCCACUACCGCACCCCAAAUGUUGGCAUUUGUUGUGGUGCUCAUUCGCGAUAACGCCCGCCGAAAUCCGAUGUAGCUCCGUGUUGGUCCAAUGCAUCUACCACAUGGUCCGUUUUGGAGACAUAUCUGCUACCAGCCUGCUCCCCCCGUCCCCUCCUUUCUUCCUUCCCGCUUGACUGACUAAACUCUGCGUACCCCUCUUGCGCUUUUAACAUCCUGGCCUCUCUUCUCUGCCCCUGCCACUUACUGCAUUUUAUAGAUAUAUAUUCUUCUGAUGAUUAUCGAUUGAUUGAAAAUUUGCAAAUGCGCGUCCACCAAAAAGGGCUCACUCAAAUAUGGUUGGAUCGUAUAAACAUAGAAGACCAUCAGUGGAAGAAAGGGCGCCUCGUAUAACAAGUAGCCACAUUAUUCCGAAUGAUUUUUUGAGAUUCAGUUGAUGUGCUGCAUGCUACUGUGUUACGAUGUUCUAUACUAACCAAUAUUGCGAUCUUAGUUAAGCAGUCUUUUGCAGGUGAAGGCCUCCCUAAAAGUAUCUCCCGUGGGUUUCGGCACAAUGCCCAAUUCCCCCCAUUUCUCUCAUCAUGUGGACACCACUCUAACGUUUUAUAGAACUGUUCGACGGAACAAACUUUCUGAAAAUAACACCGUCUGUAUUUUGUCAUUGAGAGCACUUGCCGGUCUGUUUAAAGCGACAGCACAUACCUUUUCACCUUUAGAUGAGCCAUCAGACCUUUGUUAGUCACCAUAUACUGGCUUUGGACUUCAUUAUGACAACUACACCACCUAUCACAAAUGCAUAAAAAGCUAAGUCGCCUCCUAAGUGUCAUUGAAACUUUGAAGGCUGUGCUCUCCGGCUUCUCAAAACGUGUUAAAACGUAUCUUUAGAGAUGCCCCUUCUACGGACUAGAGAUUAACUUGGUAUAUUUCUUGCAGAUUUUUCAGAUUAUUCAUUAGGGGAUCUGAGUUAUCUUGGGCCAAUCACGAGCCCUCCUUUACGGCCACCGUCAAUUAUUCUCACAGGGCAUUCUUCACGGCCACUGCGGGCUCGGCGUUCUGUCUACUUCCAUCCGGUGUCCGAGUGGGGGGGGAUUGUCGUGGCUAGAAGUUUAGCUUCAUCCAUUCCAUUUCUUCUGUCUUUUAGUGGAUAAGCAGAAGGCCGAACAGUUGCUGGAACAGGUGAGGGGUGCCCUGAAUCAGUUGGACGCUUAUAAUCACCUGUUAGACGAGGAAAUGGGUCAGCGAACUCACCUGGGACUGA